UUCCUCGGAGAACUACAGUCCCAAAACUCCGAUCUACAACGCGAGCUGGGCAACCUCAAGAAGGAAUUGGAACUGACGAAUCAGAAACUGGGCUCCAGUAUGCACAGCAUAAAGACCUUCUGGAGCCCAGAACUGAAGAAGGAGCGGGCGUUGCGAAAGGAAGAGAGCGCCAAGUACAGCCUUAUAAACGACCAACUUAAACUGCUCAACCAAGAAAAUCAGAAACAAGCAAUGUUAGUAAGGCAACUAGAAGAAGAACUGCGAUUACGUAUGCGUCAGCCCGCUCCUGAACUACAACAGCAAUUAGAAGCGCUUUACGCUGAAAACGAACAUCUACAGAGAGAAAUAGCAAUAUUAAGAGAUACUAUUAAGGAAUUGGAAUUGCGGAUUGAAACUCAGAAGCAAACAUUACAAGCCCGAGAUGAAAGCAUCAAGAAAUUAUUGGAAAUGUUACAAAAUAAAGGAAUGGGUAAAGAAGAAGAAAGACAGAUGUUCCAGCAAAUGCAGGCCAUGGCGCAGAAGCAGUUGGAUGAGUUUCGUCUGGAGAUCCAAAGGCGGGACCAAGAGAUCCUCGCCAUGGCGGCAAAGAUGAAGGCUUUGGAAGAGCAGCACCAAGACUACCAGCGUCAUAUAGCCGUCCUCAAAGAAUCGCUUUGCGCUAAAGAAGAACAUUAUAGCAUGUUGCAAACUGACGUCGAAGAACUGAAAGCUCGUCUUGAAGAGAAGAGCAGAAUGGUAGAGAAAAAAACAGCAGCAGCUCUAGCUGCUGCACAUGAGCUCGCUGAACUUAGAGAUCACUCAGAAAUCAAAGAUAGAAAGAUAAACGUGCUGCAAAGAAAGGUAAACAAAUGUUUUGUAAAAAUUGAGAACCUUGAGGAUCUUCUGAAAGAAAAAGAUAAUCAAGUAGACAUGGCAAGAGCCAGGCUCAACGCAAUGCAAGCCCAUCACUGCUCGUCAGAAGGUGCCCUUUCCUCCCUUGAAGAAGUCAUUGGCGAUAAAGAAAAGCAAAUUCAACAGCUUAGAGAACAAAGAGACAGAGCAGAACACGAGAAAAAUGAAGAGAGAGAGUUACAUGAGAGAGAAAUAGCAGAUUACAAAAUGAAACUUCAUGCCCUUGAAAGUGAAGUGGAAAAACUUGGUGCCCGAUUAGAAAGAGCUCAGGCAGAAAAAGAUAGGCUUGAAGCUAAAUUAGAAAGCUCUCAAUCAGAAUUAGGAAAGUCGAAGGCUGAGUUGGAUAAGGCCGCGAGUGAAGUCGGUAGAUCUGGCGCUGAUUGGGAAGCGGCAAAGCAGCGUUUAGCUAGACUAGAACUAGAGAAUGAACGACUAAAACAUGAGCUAGAGCGAUCUCAAACAACUUUCGGUAGAAGCACAUUAACAACAUCUCAGGAAUUAGACCGAGUUCAAGAGAAAGCAGAUAAGGUAUCAGCUGAACUGAGACGAACUCAAGCAGAACUAAGAGUGACGCAAGCUGACGCUGAAAGAGCUAGAUCCGAGGCAAGUGCGCUUCAAGAUAAAUUAGAAAAGUCACAGGGUGAAGUAUAUCGUCUCAAAGCAAAACUUGAAAAUGCACAAACUGAACAAGAUAGUCUGAAGGAAGAAUACGAUCGUCUUCAAUCCUCCAUCAGUCGCCUUCACUCCGAGCGAGACAAGGCAACAGCAGAACUAGACAAAGCAAGAGAAGAGCUAGAAAGGACACAAGCUACUCUUGGCAAGGCGCAAUUACAGCAAGACAAACUACAAGCAUCGCUUGAUUCUGCACAUUCGGAGAUUGACAAGCUUCAAGAGAAAUUAGACAAGUCCGCUGUUGAAGUGAGAAAGUUGCAAGUGGAUCGUGAGAAAUCAGCAUACGACUUUGAAUCGCUUCAGUCUCAACUUGACAAAGCCCUCGGUCAAGCUGCCAGACUGCAGAAGGAAAGAGAUACUGCCCAAUUAGAUGCUGAUAGAUUUAGAGACAAGCAUGACAAGGCACAAGCUCUUGUGAGUCGUGUACAGAAAGAAAGAGAUGCGGCAUUAGCUGAAGCCGCAAGUUGUCGUGAACGCGCCGAAGCGGCAGCCGCAGCAGCCAACAGAGCAGCUCGAGACAGAGAUAGUGCUGCAACUGAGUUGGAUGUUCUCAGAGAAAGAUGGGAAAAAGCACAUCAGCAACAUCAGAAAUUAACGAUGGAAAGAGACGACGCCCUAACUGAAUUAGAAAUCCUAAAAGAAAAACUCGAUAAAGCUCUAUACUCAACGCAAAAGACCAUUGAAGAGAAAGAAAUAGCGCACAAAGAAUACGAAAAAAUGCUUGAAAAGUAUGAUAGAUCACAGAACGAGAUUUACCGUCUUCAGAAUAAGAUAGACAUUCUUGAAGCUGAUAAGGAUCGCCUUGAAUUAGAGUUGGAGAAAAAUGUUCAUUUAGCUACAAAAUCUAGGGAGGAUGCUAGGAAGAUGCAGGACGAGUUAGCUAGAUUACAGGAAAUGUACGACAGAGCUUCGUUACAACUUGGUAGAACUAAGGAACAGGAAGAAAAAGCUAAAGAAGAUAUGGAUAGACUUUGUGUUGAUAUUGAAAUGGUACGAGAACGAUACGAAAAGGGCCAAAUCGAACUGCGAAGGUUACAAGCUGAGAAGGAUAAGCUUAUUGCUGAUGGUGAACGCUUGCAAUUUGAAUAUGAUCGGGCAAUGACUCAGUGUGGUAAAGCACAAGCAUCAAAUGAAAAAACUCAAGAAGAAAUGGCAAGGGUGCAAAUUGAACUAGAAAAAAUGUAUGACAAACACGACAAAGUAUCUGCAGAGUUGAGAAGAGUUCAGGCAGAAUUGGAUAAAGUUAAAGCUGAUGCCAGUGGAGCAAGGGAGGAAGCUGAGAGAUAUGCAGCACGUUAUGGAAAAUAUCAUGAUACUAAAGAAGAACACGAGCGAACUAAACUGGAGGUGGAAAGACUGCGCACACGACUAGAGAAGACAAAUCUAGAGUUGGAGCGAGCGAGGAAGGCCGAAGAAGAAGUAACCCGUCUUCGCUCGGAGCUCGAUCGCGUCGAAGGUCUUCGAGGUAAAUACCAAUUCGAACAGGAUAAAUGGAGUUCAGAAAUAAAUAGACUUCAGACUGAGCUUGAUAAAACGCGUGAACGAUACGAUGCGUCUCAGACUGAAAUUCAACGACUGCAAAGUGAGAAAGAACAAGCAGAAACGAAAUUCCAUGAGUUAAAUAUACAGCUAGAACUUUCUAAGAGUGAAGUAGCAAAACUAACUGCGGCAGUAGAAAAACAGCGUACAGAUCUUGAGCGCGCUCAUAUUGAGUGUGAAAAGUUUAGGGAUCGGUGUGAAAAAUUAAAAUUGCGGUCUGAACAGUUAGAUAAAGAUAAUGAAAGACUCAAAGGUGAAUUGCAACAGAUUGAGAGGAUGAAACUUCAAGCAGUUGCUGGCGACAAAGCAAGGACGGAAGAUAGAUUAGAAAUCGAACGACUUCGUGAUAAAUUAGAAAAAGCAAUUCAAGCUAGAGAUGCUACGGAAAUGGAGGCGGGUCGCUUAGCUAAAGAGCUUGAAAAAUCUCAGAUGCAUUUAGCUAAAUAUCAAGAGACAAAUGAAACAACACGCGUAGAGUAUGAUAGAAUGACUAACGAAUUAGGUAGAAUGCAUGAGCGUCUGGAACGAACAAUCCUUGAAAUGCGUCAGAUAGAACAAGAAAGAGACGCUCUUAGAGCUGAAAUACAAAAUACAAGACGUAAUAUCGAACAACAACAGCGAACUCUAGACCACAGAACGCAAGAAACUCUAGUGAAAUUGCAGCAAGAAUUAGCCCAAUCUGUGCGAGAUAGAGAGAAGAUGGCUUCUAUUUUAGAGCAAAGGGAUAAACAGGCUGACGCAAUAGAAAAACAAAUAGUUAAACUUGAGGCUGAUACAAAGCAACUGACAAUUGAACGUGAUCAGUUAGUAGCACAAUUAGAAAAAUCUCAGGACAUGCUAGUAAAUUUCCAGCGAGAAUUAAAUGCUUCGGAAACAGAACUUCAGAAGCAGCGUGAAGAAGUGCGUAGAUUAAAGGAAGAGCAAAGAAAAAUAGCUCAAGACUCCGAACGGGGUGCAAAAUCGGUUAUUGAGAGUAGAGAUAGAGAAAUUGCUAAGCUUCAACAACAAGUGCAAACCGUAUCCAAAGAGAAAGACGCUUUCAGGCAAAGAGCAGAAAGAGCAGAAAAAGACGCACAAAGAGCUGGCGAAAUCGAGAAAUGGAAGGCUAUCGUUGAAUCGGAGAAAACGAAAGCUAUUGCAGCGGAAAAAGCAUUGUCAGAAUGUCAACAGCGUUUACAAUCUUUGGAGAAACAAUUCCAGGCGCAACAGCAGCAAUUGCAGCAGCUUCAAGCGCGAGGACCGUCCGACGUGCGUGAAGUUCAGAAGCAGCUUGAAGCGGCUCAAGCGGAGGCGCGGUCCCUCGCAGUGGAGAGGGAGCGUUGCCAGUCGCAGCUCGAGAUGCUCGUUCAAGAAUUGGAGAAGAGCCAGCUCGAUCUCCGAGAAGCGAACAAGAAACUCCAGGCGGCUGGCAGUCAGAACGCCAAAGCUGGGGAAGAUACCGCUCAAGCUAGAAGACAACUACAAGAAGAAUUUAAGAAGUUAGAAGACGCGAGGAGACAAUUUGAAGAGAACAGAAGAAUGGUUGAAAAUAAACGAAAAGACGUGGAGGAGAAGGAGAAGUCGCUGAUGGAAUUAGAUCGACAGUUAAAGAAACGAAAAGAACAAAUGGACCAAAUGGAAGCAUCUUUGAGGAAGGCUGGAGGCAGUGCGGCAGCAGUGACGGAUAUGAACCGCAAGCUCGGCGAGACGCAGAAGGAGGCGGACGCGCUGAAGCAGCAGCUGAAGACGAGCGAGGAGGAAGCGCGCCGUCUCGCCGCCGAGACCGAGCGCCUGCUGCAGCUGGUGCAGAUGUCGCAGGAGGAGCAGGCGCAGAAGGAGAAGCAGAUCAUGGACUUGCAGCAAUCUGUGAGAAACCUUCAAGCCAAACUAAAAAGUCAGCAACAAGCACAAGCACAAAGAGAAGAGGAACUAUCGCAAGCGAGACAAAGCGAGGUCGCAGCUAUCGGUGACUUAACAAACACAUUGAAAGAGAGAGACAAGCUAAAAACUAAGCUCGAAGAGAGUAGGAUGAGAGUUAUAGAUUUAGAAAUAGAACUUAACGAAUCUUCGCUUAUACUUUCCGAAAUACUUAAAAUAUCAGACAGCCAAGAGCUUAAUAGCAUAAAGAAAAGCAAGAGUUUUUUCGAACUACAAAAAAGCGGUAAGGUAGUGGAUAGGCUAGACAUGUGUAAACUGAGCAGAAGUCACAACGACUUGAUUAAUAUCAACCGUGAUGAAAACAUACACACAAAUAUAAAUAAACUUACGAGAAAAAUAGCAAACCUAACAAAAGAGAUUGAAAUUAAAAAUGCGAAAAUUAUUGAACAGCAAAGGUGUAUAUCGAUUUUAGAAGAUGCCUUAAGGGAAAAUAAUAAUAUAACAGAAUUCGAGCAAUUAUUAGCAGUAGUCAGAAGUAAGGAUGAGCGAAUAAGUGAGCUAGAAAAAAUUGUAAAUAAAAAACCAGGUGCAACGUGCACUAAGCAUAGCGAUAGAAGAAUAUUGGAACUAGAAGACGCUCUAAAAGAAUCUUUCAUGAUAGCGGCAGAAAGGGAAAAAGUAUUUUAUGAAGAGGAACAGAAGAGAAUUGAAACGUUGCAGAAGAUGAAGAAGAUGGAGCAACGCAUACUAUCGCUGCAAAACGCGUCAAUAAUGAGAUGCGAGACUUGUUCGAUGGUACUGCGGAGGCUGAAGCGUCUGGAGGAGUGCUUCGCGCGCUGUCGGGCGAAGAAACACGCCAUACUGCGGCAUUUGUCACUCGUGAUUCAAGAUUUAUUGGAGGGAGCAAUCAGCGAGAAGGAUUCUCAGAUAGCCGAGCUUGAAGUGAAAGGUGUUCUUGAUGAAAACGAAACGAAAGCAUGCGAUGUACUUAAGGACGAAAAAGAAAAACUGCUCAAUAGACUUAAGAUUGAGAAUGAACGUAUAGUGGAGUUCGAAAGAGACUCGAGCGAGCCCGAGCAAGACGAAGUUAGUUCGCCGGUCUUGACGCUCGCUGACGACCUCAUCGCCGCCUGCGAAGAUAAUGAAGAGGACAUACCAGCAACAGUACUGUGACGUCACAAAGCUAAGUCUAAUCGUAACGUAUGUUGUGGCCUAGCAUCCAUCGCACCUCACCAUCAUGCUACAUUACCAUCAUCGCUUAUCACUCCAGCCUUACCGCCAAAAAAAUAUUAAAAAAUCCCGCUUGCCAUUUCUGAACGCGUUCAAAAAUCGUGCCCUACGACCAAUGAUGUUCUGUAACAUUUAUUUAUGUAAAUAAAUAAUUUAAUUUUACGUUAA